ACAGUUGACAGUACACAGCCAGAGGAGAGAGAGAGGAUCCCGUGGGAGUGUCCGAGAAAAGAAAAGAAAUAGGCUUAGCUUAAAAGAGCGGUGAAGUUGAGGGAACGCGAGGGAGAGUUUAUGAUUAAUACCUGUUAUCAGAAUCUGACCUUAGAAAGUAUAGUUAGUGAGAGGAAACUAUAAGGUGUUAUUAUUAUUAUUAUGAGUAGCGAAAAGGAAAAAACAUCUGCACCUUCGUCUUCUCCUUCACCUUCCGUAGAACUCUGCAAAGGCAUCAAUGGCCUUGAAAAGGUUCUUCUCCGCGAGUCUCGUGGUUCAUCUGCCGAGGUGUACCUGUACGGUGGUCACGUGACUUCCUGGAAGAACGACCACGCCGAGGAAUUGCUUUUUCUCAGUAGUAAGGCUACAUUUAAGCCUCCAAAGGCAAUUCGUGGAGGGAUUCCAAUAUGCUUUCCACAAUUUGGAAGCCUUGGCAGCCUUGAUCAGCAUGGAUUUGCUAGAAAUCGGCUCUGGACCAUUGACGAUGACCCUCCUCCAUUUCCAACAAAUACUUUGAGCAAAGCCUUUGUUGAUUUGAUUCUCAAGCCUUCUGAAGAAGACAUGAAGAUUUGGCCUCACUGUUUUGAGUUCCGUCUUAGGAUAGCUCUGGGACCAGGAGGAGAUCUGAUGUUGACAUCAAGGAUCAGGAACACAAACAGUGAUGGGAAGCCGUUUUCAUUCACCUUUGCCUAUCAUACAUAUUUCUCUGUAUCGGACAUAAGUGAAGUUCGGGUAGAGGGAUUAGAGACCCUGGAUUAUCUUGAUAACUUGCAGAACAAGGAGCGCUUUACUGAGCAGGGGGAUGCUUUAACGUUUGAAUCAGAAGUUGACAAGAUAUAUCUUAGCACCCCCACAAAGAUUGCAAUUAUUGAUCAUGAAAAAAAGAGAACAUUUGUUUUGCGUAAAGAUGGCCUUCCUGAUGCUGUGGUGUGGAAUCCUUGGGAUAAGAAAGCCAAGGCUAUGUCCGAUUUUGGUGAUGAUGAGUAUAAACAUAUGCUUUGUGUGGAGGCUGCUGCUAUUGAAAAGCCUAUCACAUUGAAGCCUGGAGAAGAAUGGAAAGGAAGGCUAGAGCUUUCAGCUGUUCCCUCUAGUUAUUGUAGUGGACAACUUGAUCCCCAAAGAGUUCUUCAGGGCAGCUGAAAGAUCAUUGUUGUGUUCUGUGUCCUGUACAGAUUUAUCUGCAGGUAGCCUGUUGCGACAUUUAUGGAUGAUGAAGAAAGUGUCUCAGUAAUUUUGCCCCUUCAUGUUUCAUUUAAGUCUGUGUUGGACGGAUGAACUCAUGUUGGAUAGAAUUUUAUUAAACUGUUGUUUUCCCCCUUUAAUGGAUGAGUAGUGUGGUCAUAACAAACUGAACAAUGCAUAUAUGCUGAAAGGGUCCACAGUUGUUGUCAUGGAAGAUAGCCUACAAUUCAACAGAUUUUCACGUUGGGUUGAAUGGCCCAGACCCAGAGGGAUUCCCUUUGAAUCCAUAGUUUUUUGGGUUCUUAAAUCCCUAUUAAUUGUUUAUUUCUAAAUGUUGUAGGCCUAUGAAACACAUCCUUGAAAAAUAUUUUAUAAUACUAAAGGAAUUUACUACAGAAGAACGCUUCA